GGUUGCGCUUCGAGCCUUAACACCGGGCUCACUUCGAUACCCCAUUCAUGCGCAAUCACUCGAUGAAGCCUCUCCUGCUCAUCCAAGCAGUUCCCAAACCCUUAACCCUCUUGCGACCAUGAAUUAGCUCUCCAACAUCUCCGUACACCUGCGAAGCCCAUCUCCCCGCUUCGCAUCAAGUGAAUCUCGACUCCGAUCCGACUCUACUCCAACCUCCAUAUCCCCGUUGAAGCUACCAGGAUGGGUGUGAUCAAGAAGAAGACUGCAGUUCGCGGGACUGAAGGCGGUGUGAAGUACGUCUGCGAUGUUUGCUCCUCCGACAUCACCUCAACAGUCCGAAUACAAUGCGCUGUGUGUCACGAUUACGAUUUAUGCGUUCCAUGCUUCUCCCAGGGAAAAUCCACCCGCGACCAUGACCCUUCCACACACUCAUAUCGUGUCAUCGAGCAGCACUCGAUACCCAUUUUCACCGAUGAUUGGGGGGCAGAUGAAGAGAUGUUGCUCCUGGAAGGCGCGGAAACGUAUGGCUUAGGGUCAUGGGCCGAUAUCGCCGACCAUAUCGGUGGAUAUCGAUUCAAAGAUGAAGUUCGAGACCACUACAUUAGCACCUACAUCGAUUCCCCGAAUUUCCCACUCCCGUUGCAUGCAAGUCCCGAGGAUAACGAGCUCACGAAUGGGAUUCCACGGGAAGAGUUUCAGGCACGCAAGAAACGGCGCAUCGAGGAACGGAAAGAAGCGGCCAAGAACGCCCCACCUGCAACGCCGAAACAGAAACCAACCGCCAGUGUCCCGGCCUGCCAUGAAGUUCAAGGGUAUAUGCCCGGACGACUCGAGUUCGAAACCGAAUAUUUCAACGAAGCCGAAGAAGCCGUCCAACAUAUGCAGUUCGACCCCGGUGACGGGAUCAAUCCUCGCACGGGGGAGCUGGAGCCGGAAAUGGAACUCAAGAUGACCAUUAUGGACAUCUACAACUCCCGACUGACGGCGCGUAUCGAGCGCAAAAAGAUCAUCUUCGAGCACCGCCUCCUCGAAUACCGCAAAAACGCCGCCCUCGACAAGAAGCGCACCAAGGAAGAAAAAGACCUCCUCGCCAAAGCCAAGCCCUUCGCCCGCAUCAUGACCCACGACGACUUCGACGAGUUCAGCAAGGGCCUCGAAUACGAACACAACCUCCGCAUCGCCAUCCAGCAGCUCCAGGAAUGGCGCCGCAUGCAAAUCGCCACCCUCAAGUCCGGCGAGAAAUACGAGCUCGAAAAACAGCACCGCGCCUCUCGCGGCCCCGCCCCCUCCGCCUUCGAUCGCAUGGGCGUUUCCCGCAUCAAGUCCGCCGUCCCCCCCGAAACCGCCUCCGGCGCCGUGGCCCUCAUCGCCCCCGAGCUGCCCAUCCGUCUACAGAAGAACCUCGCCUCCACCACCGACGCCUCUGCCCCGAAACCCGUCAACGGCACCCACGCCCUCCCCAAUGGCACGACCCCCCCCUUCCCCCCGCCGGCAUUCAAGCGCGAUAAAUUCUCCGUCCCCCCGCUCCCCAAUCAAUCCCCGCUGCGGUUCAACAACGAGGCCGUCCCCGACCUACAUCUCCUGACGCCGGAGGAGCGUGAGGUGUGCAGCGUGCUGCGGAUCCAGCCCAAACCGUACGUGGUGAUCAAGGAGUCGGCGAUGCGGGAGUCAGCGAAGAGCGGAGGAGGCUUAAAGCGGAAGGCGUUACGGGAUAUCUGCCGUCUGGACGUGAAUAAGAGUAAUCGGCUGUUUGACUUCUUCGUGCAUAGUGGGUGGGUCGCGAAGGGGUGACCGGGGGAGUUGGAUUGGGGUGAGCAUUCGGGAGUUCUGAUUGGGAUGGCGUUCUUGAGCGGGCGAUGAGCUUGCUGGGUUGAUGGAUUGGCGGGUUCGUUGGACUUUGCGCUUUUGGUACCCCCUGGCGACAUUGGGAUGAUCUGUAGAAAUGGUUCAGACGAGAAUACCUUAGGUAGGAAGCCGGUGGCAGUGCCAUCCGGGUAGGGUACAUCAAGAAUUUAUUAACAAGUCACAUUCAGAUCCCAUCGUUUUUCGAUGGCUUUGCAGAUCGUACAGUGAAUUUGCGCUAUCAUUCGUUCUCGGACGAGGAUCUGCUCUGGACUACACAUCGAAAACGCCUAAAACACCAGUGCUACGCUAAUCAAUACACAUCGUGGCCAUAUGGACCGUCGACUCUAAAACUCGGGACAUCCGCGUAGCUUGGCUCUCAAUCGUCAAUGAGGCCCAGGAUCUCCACAUCCUCCACU